GUACUGUACCGGUAUUCUAACAACGCGUCCUCCCGCUGGUCACUGCCUCCACAACCCGGCGCCCGUGAAGAGAUCUCGAAUGCCCAAGCUGGCAAUCCCUUGGAAGGAUAAAAAGCCUAGCUUUUCCUGGCUCGAUAUUCAUCCCCUCUAUCCCUCGCCACCCCCUUCCACCUCCUCUACCUCUACCUCUACCUCUACUUCUACCUUCGUUCUCUGUCAGCUCGACCACCCCGCCCCCACCUCUACCUCAGCACUCGUAAGCGGCGGCUUUCAUUUUUCCCUUGACCAAACUGGCAAUUCUGACUACAGCAAUGGCAAAACGUCUGCCCUUAUCGGACGCACCACCUCCCAGCAACACCCAAUGGGACACCGCGCGGUGCAAGCGCGUUAUACGGCCGCUGUUAGUUAAACUCAAAGCUCUCAGGGAAGAGGUCAAACGGAGUGAGGCAAGGACUCAGAGAUCGCGGCGAACCCUCUCUCCUGAUAGCGGUGAUAAUUACGAAGGGAAUAAUAAAUUCGGCGCGAAAAAGAAGACCAAAAAGCCAAUGCGAACAUACGGAACAUCGAAAACGGCUCAUAGCAGGACCGCCGCUCAGGCGUCGGGCGCGGGUGGUUCAUCAGUAACGGUAGUCACAAAGUCAACCAAGAAUAUAGAUUAUGCUUCUUUUAGCUGCCAUCGUCGCACCGAUGAUAUUUUCCCCCUUCAUUGGAGUGCUAGCGCAGAUUGUAUUGCUAAAGGGAUGGUUCCUGCAUCUCAGAAUCUGUCAGCGAGAAUUGUCAGACCAACCGCCUUCUCUGACGAAGCCAAUACACGCAUUCACCGACACCAAGAGGCUGUCUACUGGGCGUUAGACCAGUUCCUGUUCGUGACCUCGCCCGCGGCUAAAGGACCGGUUAUUCCGACCUUAGCUUCUAUGGCUUCUCGACAGGUGGCCUAUUGUAUUCUUGCUGUCGGAGAUGACGGCAUGGACUGGUACGACUACGUCAGGGGAUAUGGUAGGAGUGGGGAGUAUCUUAGGGAGGUUGUACGAUGGCAUGGGAUUGAGUUGUUGAAGGAUGCGCUAGCGGACGGGGCUAUGGACCCGGCAGACGGCGGACCAGGGGCGAUAGGGGCAUGCAUAGGUCUGUGUAGAAAACAUGGUGCUGAACGGGAAGCUGAGGCUCUACUUGAAACUUUGUUAUUCCUCAAUCCCGUGUUCCGCACAUCGAAGGCCAAUCCCGCCUUUGAGACAAUUAGGUUCUACUUUUCGAUAGGCCCUGAUGGUUUUGUGCCGCCUAGUUCUGUGUACAGAAUCCUCAAAGAAUUCACCCCCCUCGUCUACAAGAAUCCUAGCUGGAUGUGCAGCAGGGAGAUUCAAGCUGUUUUGAUUAUGGCAACAAAGGAUAUUGAAAUUGUCCCUAGAGCAGACGAGAUGGUUAUAAGGUUGCUUGAGUCAGCCUUCGGACUCCAAGGAAGCUACAAAACUGGCGAGGAGAGCCCACAUGAGAAACUAGGCACAAGGCGUGUGCCGAAAGUUGGACGACAGAAGGGAGAGGAGGCAAUUGCAGGUGUGAUUCAGUCUCUCAUUUGGGCAACUUUCCAACGGGUGGAGUCCAACGCGCGAGGCGCAUUGGUCCAUCUUGUCAAAGGAUAUCUCUCCCAAGAUCAGGCAUCGAAGGUGCUGGCCCAGAAUGUGUGGGGAGAGGAAUGGCCGGGAUUAGUCACAUCUAAAAUCAUGGCGAUGGCUCAUGUUCAGCAAUGGUCGUGUGACGGGUCCAGUUGUACUAAUUCUUGUCUCGAGACCGGGUGCUUUAAAGAGCUCCUUCGUGAGUGUAGAGAUGAAAUUGCCUUGUGCCUGGAAUUGUUGACAAACGCACUCCAUGGCGAUGAUGGCUUUUUGCUGGUCGCGGAGUAUGUACGCGAAUGUUAUACCCCAGACUCGCCCUCGACGACCAAGGAGGAGCACGCAAAGGAACUUGCCAGGAUCAAUUCCCUUACCGGGCGUCUUCUUGCCUCUAUCAGUGAGGCCUCCUCGUCGGAAUACGCAUCAAGGAACGUUCCAAAAACUCCUAAAGCCUCCGCACCGAAGGUAAUCAUUUUUACUCCGGGAAAGCUGUUGACCCCGGAGGAUAAGAAAUGGGAAAAGCGAAGAUACCUGAUUGGUCAAUUGGUACUGAGGAUUGCGACUCAAUACCAAGAGUCUGCUGUUUCGUUUAAACAUGAAUGGGUGAAAUGGGCAACUGAUAUUGAGAAGAAGGUUCUCGCGCUCAAGAUCGGGACCCCACUUGAAACUACGGUUCUCAAAGAGGAUCUCCGAGUUCAAGACGCCUCUCCGAAGCAGAAGCUAAGGAAAGGGUGGCGUUACGAAGAGGGAUUAGGGGAGUGGGUGUCUACUGGCCAGACACCUGGCCGAAAGAAUAGAACUCCCAGACGAGCUGGCUUUGAAGUGGUGGUCUUUAACCAUAAGGAAGGGAUUUGGAGGCAGGAGUAUUUGAAGCUCCCUUCCGGCCGCAGUGCCGAACUUGUCCUCAGCGAUAGCGAGGAUGGCUCCUAUGGUGUAUUCCCGGACAGUGAGGACGGUGAAUUAGAUUCAGAAUCGGAGGGGGAGCAGGGGUCACUGUACCAAGGCUCAGACUCCGAAAGCACAACCAGAAGAAUCUUGCCCCCGAGGUCCGUUGAUAAGACACAGGCUAUUAGAGAUAGUCUAAGGAGGUUUCCAAUGAGAAGCCAAUUAUUUAUCGCGUCCACCCCUGCGGUUGACAGGUCGGCUGAGCUUAGCUCGCCUAUUGCCAAGGAGAAUCUCUUGUUGAGAUUUAUUGGCUCUGGCGAGAUUCCCACUAGCGACCCUGUCAGGGCAUCGGAUGAGGAUGAGGAUGAGGAUGAGGAUGAGGAUGAGGACAGCGAGGAUGAUGAAGACAACGAGGACGACAAGGCGACAGAUAGGGGAGAUCGGGGGGACGCAAAGGGGCGAACUAUAAUCCCAGACUCCUCCCCCAUUGUCAGCAGGUUGACUCGGUACAAUCAAUUACCAUUCAUCGCUGGGCAUCAAGAAUCCAUCACUGUUCCUCCCACCUCCUCUCCUGCCCAAUUGUCAGCCUAUGCAUCUCCUUCCCCAGCUCUCUCCUCUCGUCCUCCGUCUUCCCCUCCCCGUCGCACCAAACCCACACAUGGCGAUGACGACGAUAUGGACAUAGCCUCUGACUCGGACAUCGAUUCCGACUCCAACUAUGAACCCACUGUCACCCCCGCUGCCCCUUCCACUGCCCGUGGGACCAGAAACUCGCUGGAAGACGAACUCUCCGCGUCCGACGCUGCCUUCCCUUGCCACCGUGAUCGCCCCUCCUCGUCUACACCAAUACUUAAAACUAUGGUUAGCGCCUCCUCCAUCACCCCUCGAUCUACUUCAUCUCCCAAUCCACCGUUGUCCGCCUCCUCGAAGCGCAAGAUUGAGCGCUCCACCAGACGUCGGGCAAUGGGUAGGAAGCGUGCGAUGCUCCGGAAGAGGUCUGUUGCGGAAAUUGCACGUCACAAACAAGACGAGAUGAGUGCCGACGAGCUGGCAUGAGAACAAGCAUACGGGUCUCACUUCUCCCUCGUUUUUUUAUGAUAAUCUAUUCAUUAAGCUUUCUUUUAUAGUUUCUUUUUUAUCACUCUUUUUCUCUAACGAGGGUACCCUUUUUUUUUUCACUUCAGGGGUUUUAUCGUAGAUAGAAAGUGUUUUUUUUUUCUUUCAGAUUUAAUUAGUUUGGGCUUUUUCCUUCUGGGUUCCAAUUCCCGCAUAUGUUUCCGUACACUUGAUUUGACUUCAUACCUUGGCUGAGUGUUUGGUCAGAUGGGUGGGUGGUCAGACUUUUUCUUGUUUUAAUUCAUGUAUAAAGUUUUUUUUUUCUUUCACCCUUUCUGUUUCUUGUGAAAUACUUGAUUGCUGAGUUUUGUGUGCGCGGAUUAGUAUGUGCAUAUGUGUCUGAGGUACGGGACCCUUUUGGGGUAUACUUGGCUGGUUGGGACCGGUAUAAUUGCGUGUUUGCUCC